GCAGUAGCGCGCACAGCGCGGGAGUCCGCGUCUCGCAUUGACGGAGAUUCUUCUCUUCAUAACAACAGUGGAUACAUACUUUGAUGUAUUAAUAUCAACAUCAGCAUCUAUUGCACAUUAUCGCACAAAGGUGCCUCAUCGAUUUGGAAAGAGACAGGUGUUUCUGCAGUAACUGGACGUUGACCUUCAUCACCUCAUGAUGCAUAUGAACAGCCUGUUGAACCGAUGGAAUGAGAUCUCCAACAUGUGUGAGGUGGAUGUUGCUUCAGAACCAGGCAGCCCUACAUUGCUCAGCGAGUCCACAGACACAUACUGCCAGACUGACUGCUGGCACCGACUCCGCACCACUGUCCGUAAACUGGAAUUCUGGGAAGACUUCAGCGCAGAGCUUAUUGGGACCGGAUUCUUCUCCAAAGUCUACAAGGUGAUGCACAGCACUACAAAGAAGGUGAUGGUGGUGAAGAUUUAUAAAAAUGACGUGGAUCUGGACAGCAUUGUGCGGGAGAUCAGCCUACUUCAAAAACUCUCCCACCCGAACAUAGUGAGGUACCUGGGCAUCUGUGUCAAAGAGAACAAGCUAUACCCAAUUCUUGAGUAUGUUAGCGGAGGCUGCCUGGAGGAGCUGCUGGCUAGAGAUGACGUCAAUCUCUGCUGGAGAGAGAAAAUCGUAUUGGCUUGCGAUAUCAGCCGAGGAAUGACCUAUCUCCACUACAAGAACAUCUACCACAGAGACCUUAACUCCAAGAACUGUCUAAUCCGCAUGACCUCGAGAGGCAGGGAAGCUGUGGUGACUGACUUUGGCCUGGCCAGGGAGGUGGGGGAGCUGCCCGCAAACGACCCCAAAAGGAAGAUGUCUCUUGUGGGGUCUGCGUUCUGGAUGGCCCCCGAGAUGCUCAGAGGAGAGCCAUACGACCGCAAGGUUGAUGUCUUCUCCUUUGGGAUCAUGUUGUGUGAGAUCUUGGCGAGAAUCCCUGCCGAUCCAGAGGUGCUGCCCAGGACACAGGACUAUGGGCUGAAUGUGGAGGCAUUCAGGGAGCUGGUGGAGGGCUGCCCAGAGCGUGUUCUAGAGCUGUCGGCCAGCUGUUGCCAGAUGGAUGCAUUCCGAAGACCUUCUUUCUCUGAGCUGCUGGAUGAGCUGGAGGAUAUAGCUGAGACCCAAGAGCCACCAGACAACAUUGUGACCACAGGGUGAUCUCCAGAAAUCCCUUCAAACAAACCCCUGGACUGAAGGAAUUAAGGGACUUCGCUGCAUGAGAGCCUAAAGUCAUGGACAAUGACUAGCACUCUAUUCCCUUAAGAGUAGUAUAUAUAGGGAAAUGUCUGGUAAUUGAGGACAAAACCACUCAACUGAAUGUUCCCUCAAUAACCAGUUCUGGAUACCCUCCCGGCAGUGACUGAAUGAUUGAGACUUUGCAUUUGAAAGGCUGAAUUUUAUCUUUUCUCUCUUUUUUAUUUUUAUUAUAGACAAAAGUUAUAUGAUUCUUUAUGAACCAACUUUCAGAUCAACUUCUGAUUUUAUUGAAAGACCAAAUUCACCCCGGACCAGGUACUGAUUCCUGAUGUGUAUGAGUUUCAGGAUAAUGUGAGUUUACUUUUUACCCGCAAAAGCCGUUUUAAAGUGAGAAUAAAGCAGAGGCUGCACAGACCCGGAACAAACCAAACCAGAUAAAAUCAUGUGCGCUAGAUUUAAUUUGGCCUCUGUAGUGUACUAGCACAUCUCUUCACAACAUUUACCAAGUAAUUACGCAAAACGAAUGUUGCUCAUUUGAAAUGCACUGUUAGCAUUGCCCAUUUUGGCCUGGUUAUCAAACUUUUAACAUGUCAGAUUGGUGCAGCUUUAAAACGUCCAAUUGCAUUUCUCAAAAUCAUAGAAAUGGCAUACAAGUCAAUGUUCAAAAGGUCAUGUUUGUGCAUAAAUGCAUUAUCAGCAUGUUCCUGGAAAAAAAUAGGUUAAUUCUGGCAUGAGACCUGAAUAACCAUCUAAGAAAACACAGUUUAGUACAUCGACGAUUAUAUUUUAGUCAGUGCUUGGAAUAAAUAUUUUCCCAGAUCACA